CCCAUCCGCUCUUCACACUCCACACCCCACACUUUACACUUGACACCCCACACGCGCUGCCACACAGGUCUCUUUUAGCGUAUUGGAUCCUCAUUUCAUUCCAUAUUUUCAUCAAUCUGUAGUGCUUCGUUCGUGUCACCAUGCAGAGCACCUACUCCAACAGCUCGCCUCCUCCCCCGCAAACCCCGCAAACUCCACAGAGAUCCCUUACUGUUGAUCCAGGACCCAUCCAGGGACAGGAACACGGCGACAACGAAGAGCAACUGCAACCAAUUGGCCCCACAGUUGAUUCCAUCACACUCUCGCCUUUCAAGGGCCCUCUGGAGGGCUCAUUGGAAGGUCCGCUGGAGGGUGCAUCAACAAUACUGCCAAUCCCUCCAGUACCUCAUCCUCUCUCUCCGUCGGAGCAUCCUUCUUUAACUUCUCCCGCCUCCGCAACCACCAGCGAGGCCCAGGAUACAGAUCAGCAACAACAACGGCAACAACAACAACAGCAACAGCGACAGCCCACCAUCAAAUUCCUUGUACAGCCAGCACUCAAGUCUACUACACCCACAGGAUUACCCUCAAUUUCCACUUCCUCUAGUGCAUCUCUUGACCGACCAGCCAUCGUCAUCAAUACUGCCAAUCAAGAACUUGCUAUCAAGAACGCUGUCGCAGGAGGACUCCUCCGCUCACCCACUGCGCUGUCUCCUGGCAUCUACGUCUCCAAAUUUCUGAGAUCCUCAUCUUCUUCAUCCACGACCGAUAACAGCAGCCGAAAAGGAUCUAUCAGCGGCGGCGGCGCUCCACUGGCCAGGCGGCACUCCAAACGCAACAGUGUUGGUGUUAUCCCUGAACGGCCGCGACAAAGGCCCACGAAGGGUGUCUCUGCACUGACUGCCCUCUUUUCAACGCAAUCGGGUCCCAACCUGGAUCAGAGCAGCGCCAGCAAGGAUGCCAGCGUUUCGGGCGCGAAGAUCAAACACUAUGUUCAACGACCCAGUAUGCGGCCACACCGCCAUUCUAUCGCCAACAUGGAUGAUCCUAUCCACCCGCCGAGAUCCAUGCCUUGCAACGACAACCCUGCACCAUCCACAGGGGCCUAUGCCUCUAUGGGGGAGGAUAUCAAGAGAAACGGGAAUUUGGACGUACCUCAUUUCCAUGCUCUGCACAGAACCCACAGCACCGGAAAAAUUGGGAGGAAGGCCAUAGCUACACCGCUAAGAAAACUCCGGGAGCGACGGAGGUCGCGUGGUAGUUCCAGUGGUCUAACGAGCGGCGAGAGUGAUUCGGAAGCCGCAGCUUCAGACAUAGGGAGAGAAGGACCAGGAGGACUGAUACAAAAGCUGACCUCCAGCUUCCCAUCUCCCACCAAAUUAAAGCCCCCGCACACAGACCCAACGCGCCCACCACCCCUGCCUAUCCGCAGCAGCUCCACACAAAGCCGUGAAAGCAUAUCGGGAGUCAUACCAGCCUACGUGAUCGCCUAUGGAUUCAAUACCCUGGGUGGAUCUCCAGCCCUCUCCGCUGUCACCAGAAACACAACCACCUCCAUUACAGCCAGCGCGCCUGGUACACCCGUGAGCAGCGCGCCUGGUACACCCGUGAGCAGCGAGACUGGAAAGGAAUCCUCGACCGCGCGGUUCAAAGAGAUGAUCAAACGAAACGUUGGCCUCUCCUCCACAACCAUGCAAUCCUUACCCGCAGGCGCCAUCACAAGCGGGGUUCCAAGCCCGUCCAGCAGCAACUUCGCUAAACAAUCAUCCCUUACCCAGAUUGGGGGAGGCGCGACUGGGGACCUUCUCUUGAGUGACGAACAGUUGGGUUCGCUCUUCAAUAUCUCUCGCUUCACAGGACGACGCAAGCAUCCCACAAAAAGGCGAUUCGUUGAUGAUAUCCCGUUCGUCCAUUCGGAUGACGAAGAGGUCUAUACAGCCGGCCGUGAGAACCCACAUAGACACCACUACCGCGUCUUCCUGCCACAUCUCUACCGAUACGGGCAUCGUUUUCAUCUACACAAACCCAGUGGUUUUCAUGACUCCUCUUCCGUCGCGCCUGACGGGGACGGAUUUCCAGAGUUUGAGAACAUGAAACGCAGAAAUACACGCGGCAGCAGCACAAACAUCGGCCAAAUAUCGCGGACGCUUUCGGAGGCACGUCAGUGUAAUACAGAUCCGAACGUGCUCAUCGCCGAACUCGAACCCUUACCUAAGGAUUUCAUAAACGCGUUCGCGACAUUGUACCCAGGUUGUCGCGACUCUGCGCAGCCACUGAUGCAAGCUCCUCCGCCAACCCCGACCAUUGCCCCAGCCUCCUCCGCGAUGCAGGUCGCAGCCGGUGCGGCCGCAAUCUACCAGUUCCCUUUAAUGCCCUGCGCGCUCCCCUCAGCAACCAUAAGUCCCAACACCGGCUCGGUCGCUGGCCUCUUCACGUCUACCGCAACCCAAGUCCCUGUACCCCUUUUCAUGCGUCUUACCUCCAGUUAUCCCACUACCGCCAUUAAAGACAUCACCGCGCCAUUAAACCCCCGUAAUUUCCUCUUCAAAUCCUAUCAGAACUCCAAGUUCCAAGGUCAUUACGUCUUCCGCGUACGUGGGAACGAUGUCGAGUACGCAAAACUACCCGUCGCGCUCGAACAGGCUUGCUCACAGUACUUUCGGGAGGCCGAUGUGGCCUACAGGGCAUUGGAGUCCACGGCGAAGAAAUGGAGAGAGGAACGGAGGGUCGCGCUGGAUAAGCGGGAGAAGGAGUUUGAAGAAGUCCGAGCGGUCAUCAAAAUGGACCCUCUGAAGAUCUUGGAGUUGGAACGACGGGCGAAUCAAAGCCCUGAGAGCGAAGAUCAAGCGUCUGUGACGCCGAGAAAGGCCGUAGAUACGGAACAUUCGGCCGCGGAGGCGUCGUCUAUGGCAUCCGAUACAGCUCUAAAGACCGAACCUCACCAUCCUAACGACGAUCACUCAGAGAUCCAUCACGAGGGGUCUCAGAGCGACCCUACUGGUGCGACGAGCGAACACGUUCCUGAGCGAGAGGGCUCGGAACCCACGGGGAUCGAGGAAAUAGAUGCGAUGGGGGAGGUAUCCUUUUUCCUCCAGGAACAGGGGCGGUUCGAGCAGAUGCAGCGUGCGAUCGAUAACGCUUACUGGCAGGGUGUGGAGCGGGACCACUGUGAGGAAGCUCGGCAGGCCCUGUACGGGCUAGAAAUGUACCUGGUGGAACUGACCAGGUGUGUGGAGUACCAGAAGUUUGAUGCGGUUAUGAAUGUUGAUAUCCUAAACGAGAAUCAGGAGACUGCGUUCUUCUCGAUCAUGAACGGGGACAAGACCAAUAUUAUGUGGUUAGAGUCACCCUCCGUGAAGCAGACCCACGAGUUCCUGAACCGGAUCGCCAUCAGCCUCAUGGAUUGCAUCGAUACAGACCCCCCACAAGCCGUCGCAGAAUCCCCAACCAUCAAGGACCUGCACAACCACCUCCCAGACCUCGGACGCCUUCUUUCGGAUCGUGGUCUUCAUCAUAUCUGGCAUGACCACCACCACGGCCACGACUACGACCAGGGCGAUGGCGACGACGAACUCCACGAUCCAGUGGACUACUUGUUCGACUUGGCUACCGCCCGAAUUUCCCUCCUGGAAGCGAAAGUACAGGCGAAGCGCCAAGAGACUGAGUGUAAAAUGAGACAGAUCGAAGAGGUGCUCGAGAAACUCGAUGACUUGGACGAGAAUACCAGGAAAUUGGAGACGAGGGUGGUGCAUGCGCUCGACAGCUACGAGCUCCGCUCGGUGCUACAGCCCUCCCCAACCACUGGCCUAACCCUCGCCGAGACCGUCGACGCCAAGAUCAAGGACGUCAACGAACGCAUCAUCAUCUGCGCCCGCAUCAUGGGCGCUGCACGUAUCAACGUAACCGUCUUUCCUCUAUCUCUACUCAGAGAUUCCUAGCUAACAUACUCACAACGCUUCGCUUUGACCCUGAAUAGUCACUGACCAGUUUAUAUAUAUAUAUAUAUCUCUUAAUCCUCCUUGUAAACAUUAUAGCUAAACCGUCUGAAAUACGAGCUCCAGCUCGAACAACGCUCCAUCCGCCUCUUCCGCCAAUACAAGAUCGCCAUCACUCUCGUCUCUAUCCCCAUCCUUCUUCUCCUUUGGUUCUUCUACCACCGGAACCAUACCACCACGCCCAAUAUCGCCCACUCUCCGCUUUCCUCUCCUGUUUAUACCACCAAGAUCACCAGUGCUGACACAUCGGCCGUCCUAG